CGAAGACGAGGAGGGGGAGGGGGUAAACACACCCAGACGGAAAAAUACCAUGUCUGGUCCCUGCACUGAAAGAAAAGAAGGAAUGACAAAGCUACAAAAAGAGAUCAGAGGGAGGACUAGAGAAAAUACAUGCAAAUGAGGAGCUGCAUCAGUAGUUGAAGACACAAAUGCAUUGUGUGCGUUUGCAAUGACAGGGCAGGCUGAGAACAGUGGCUGGUGCUGGUGAGCACCAUUCUCUCUCUCCUUCUGUAUGUGAUCCCCCCCGCAGCUUGGCACCAUCCAGCCAGGCGAGGACGGAAGGAGGCUUUCCAGAGCUUUUUGAUUUAGGAUUUGUAUGAAUAUGAGAGGAUUUGGACCACGCCGCCACCACUGCUACUGCUGUUCUUUUUCAUAACUCGUGUAAAACGUUAAGAUUCAUCUGGUUUGCCACACUCCCCUCCCUCCAUGGCUGUUAUGGUCCUGACUGAGAAUCAGGGCAUCACCCGGACGAGGGUCUCCAGCUGACUGCAGCGCGUGAUCUUCAGCCAUGGGGGCAAAACAGAUGAAAUGCCUCAGCUCAGCAAGCCCUGUGCGCUCCCCCAAAGAGGAAUAUGCUGUCACCCGCUCCAACGACACGCACGGAGAGGAAACCAUCCGCGAUCAGCCCGAGGAGCAGCAUGGAGGACCAGGCCAUGAGAAAUUGGAGCUGAUGGACAAGAAGCACCUCAGAGAGGAGGUGUCUCUGUGUGGGCUGUGCCCCUCCCUUGGGCAUGAUGUGGCAGAGGAAGAGAAGUCCUGGGAGGAACAGCUGGACGUUCACCAAGAGCAGCUGGAGAAGGAGAUGCACGAGGCCAGGAGGAUGGUGUUCCGCCUUCAGGCUUUGCUACUCAAUGGUUCGCUUCCAGAGGACGACCAGGGUGGAUCCGUAUGCUUCGGGGAUAACCGGGCUAAUAGCGAGCAACAGCUGGUUCUCACACGCAGCCGGCUGGACCAAAGCAUGGAGGAGGCACUUGAUCUUAAGCGGGAACUCCUUAGACACAAACAAGAGGUUCGCCACAUUCAGGCAAUCAAGGAUGCCCUGCAGCAGCGGCUGUCCGUGCAGGAGGAUGCCGUGCUGCAGCUAAAGCAGGAGCUACUGAGAAGCAACAUGGCCAAAGAUCAGCUUGAAGGAGAAAAUGCAGUGCUUAAAGACAAGCUGAGCGAACGCAACAAAUUGCUCGGCGAAUAUGAGCAGCAACUUGGGAGGAAGGACAGAAUGCUGCUGCAGCAAAAGCAUGAUGAUGCUCAGCACAAAACACAUGAUGUGAGCCACAACCGGUCAUUCAGAAGUGAAGGUGGUUACAGCAGCUCUCCUCCUGCAUUUCAGCAUAGUGCACCCGGUGAAGAACUGCAACUGGUGAGGGAGGCCUUGCGUAGUUUGAGAGACAACUUCUCCGGUCAUGACCCCCAACACCACACGCUGGACACCCUAGAGCAGGGCGUGUCAAGCCUCAUGGACCGUCUGCAUUCAUCAGAUACUCACCGACGGCAGAACAGAGCGGAAGAAUUUAAAUCGCCUUGCCGGAGAGCCAACUCUUCAGACCGAGACUCAUGGCCACCGAGCUCAAAAAUUGCACAUUCUCACAGUAGCCCAGGUUUGGAUGGCGCCGUAUCCACAAAAGUGCUUUACUUUACCGAUCGCUCCCUCACACCCUUCCUCGUCAACAUACCCAAAAGGUUGGGUGAGGUGACGCUGCGAGACUUCAAGGCUGCCGUGGACCGACAAGGCAGCUUCAGAUACCACUUCAAAGCUCUGGAUCCAGAGUUUGGCACUGUGAAAGAGGAGGUAUUCCAGGAUGGAGCAGUGGUUCCUGGAUGGGAAGGGAAGAUUGUAGCUUGGGUGGAGGAAGACCAUGGGGAGAGGAGAUAGAAGCUAAAAAAAAAAAAAAAAAGCCUCGUUUGUGUUCACUGGAGCAGAACUUGAUUGAAGACACUCGGGACCAAUGGACUGAGAUAAAGUUGGGGAAUGUUUCUUGCCUGGUAAUGCUUGGUAGACACGGUUUACACUCAUAAAUGGGGAAUCUGUUAAUUUGGUAGUAACGAUCCCUAUUAAACAUCAUAAAUAACUUUAGUACAGUAUUAUUAAUGGAUGUACACUGCCAUUUUCUCAAGUUCCAGAUUGCCAAAUAGUGGAUGUUUGCCACUCUUCUCUUUCAAACAGAGUUUUAAUAAACAUUAAUUAUCGCAUGCAUCAUUUUGCUGUCAAUUAUUCCGGAGAUGGACGUUAAUGGCGGGGCUCGGCGGCGGCAGCUUCGAGCCAUUACACCUACGCUCCAUUAACAAACAAUGCCUGCUAAUUGCUUAAUAGAGAGGGCCGUUUGAGGCAGUGACUCAGCCCACACAGCAACAGCAACACAUCUUAGUUUUUGGAAAUCUGUUCGUCCUUCAGUAUUUCAAUUUUGUGUGUCCUGUUAGUCCUUCAGUAUUUCAGUUUUGGUUUUGUGUGUUGUAAGGGAAUUUGUUUACCAUAUUCUAUCGUAUUAUAUGAGGGAUACAUCUUAGGUAUGCAGAACAGCCACUUCUCAAAAGGACAAAGUUUCCAGGUCUCUUCAUUAAAAAUACACAAAACUACGAUGUUGGCCUGAGUCAUUAAGAACCAAGUACUGGGUGUUUAAUUGUGCAUCCACUCAAGCAGGUUGUGCACUCUAUUGUAAAAUGGAGUAAAAGAAGUGGAGACACUCAUAGUUAAUAGGGCUGAAGUAAUAGAUUAUUUUCACUGCGGGAAAUUUUUGAGAGGAAAAGACAAGCAAACAAACAUUUUAGUACAGGUAGUCCCCGGGUUAUGAUCGAGUUCCAUUCCUCCUCCUAUUAACCCUUUAAGAGCCCCAAAGCACCCCCUAAAUCUCCAAAUAACUAUCCAAAAACAUGUAUUAGCCAUCAUUGUACGGUCUUCGCCAAGAUGUCGGAGCUAAAUCCUAGCUAGACAGCGAGCUACGCUUCAAAAUGACGAUUUCAGAGGUCCUUGUGGUUGAUGACUUUAUUUAGCUGCUCAUGACCUCAACACCUGUAGAAUGAAACAAAUAAAAAUGAAAUUCAAUCAGUUUCAUCCUCAAUAACAGCAACUCAAAUUUGUGUUUAUAACUAGCUGCUGAUACAGCGAUAAGAAUCCACACAAACGAUUAGCAUGCAUCAGUUAGUGUCCGCACAUAAUCAAAAACACAUCAACUCCAAUCAAGUAUUCGACCACAAUUGAAAACGCACAAUAAAAAGUACAAAAGGUAUUAUAUACAGGUGUUGCCUCUGCAGAGACUUCACAAGCAACAAAUGUGCGCGCAGGCUUGCAGCGCUUUCCCUCUCUCACUCGGCUGGAAGCAAAUGGCUCUUCCUCGUGUGUGUAAAUGCGCUCUUCUUCGUGUGCGCAAAUAUGCUUUUCUUCGUGUGUACAUGCGCUCUUACACGCGUGUGGAACUACUACCUACCCUACGCUCCCUGCGCCAAAAUAAAAGCAUGCAUCACAAAACAAAAGUCAAAAUUAAAAAAUAAAUAAAUAAAUAAAAAUAAAAAAAAUACUGGAAACUCCGGCAUCGUAAAGUCAAAAUCACGUAAGUCUUAACCCAGGGACUACCUGUAUAUAGUUUAAGCCAAGACGAGUAAGUACAGAGACAAAAUGCAUUGUUUUUUGUGCUUUAUUAUACAAUAGUGUGUUUGUGUCGACCUUCAGACAUCCACAAAACUGGCCAGUUAUGAUACAUCGCAUGCUAAAUAAUUUUAAUGUACAUCACACUGACUGGCUGAUGUAAUCUUGAGUGCUCCUAGUUAGUAGAUCAGCUUUCCCAAUGUUUGCAUGAGCUAUCAUGUUGCACCCACUUUUGCACCUGCCAACCAUAAGAAAAUAAGGACCUGUACUGUAUAUGCCCCAGAGGUUGACACAUAACCAAACCCUGAUACCCUUGCUUUGCCGUUAAGUCAACAACUUAACUGUCUGUGCCAAUGAUCAGGAAAUAACCCUGUUAGCUAACACACUUGUGUGCAGCCAACAAACUCAGUGGAGCUCUCAGCCUUUAUUUUGACUUUAACAAGAAAGAGCUAGUGAUGUUUAUGUAUUGAGCUUGUCCCCACUACUUAGCCUUUCCCUAUCAAAACUACUGGAUGUACUGGCAGAAUACCAUUUUUACUAUAUUUCACUCUGAGGAGUUACCUUUAUGUUUUUCCAGUCCAGAGAUGUCACAAAAUAUCUGCGGUUACCGUAAGCUUUCGACUCCGCUUGUUAAAGAUUGCAACAGCGCUGUUUUCAUUGACAGCUUUUGGAAAGUCCAGGAGCAAGUAGUAGAUGUCCUCCACCUCUAGCAGUACAUCAUCCUACACAGAAAAACAUUUUAAUGGCAUACAUGAUAUCCGCAACCCCCCUGAGGGUAAGCGGGUAAGAAGAUGAAUGAAUGAAUCCAUGAUAUACUGUAGUGUGCCUUGUCAUGAAGCAGUCCCUAGUGUCAGUAUUGGCUAGAAGAGUAAUCAGCUCUAACCUUGGACAUCUUGAGCUGCCACUCCGACAUGGAGCUAAUCUUGGGCAGAUCCACAGUCAGCUCCAGUUUGCAGGGAAAUCCCUCGGCGUCAGCCCUCACCUCUAGUCGGUACUCAGGCUUUUCAGGCUGCUCGUUUGUGGUGGAGGAGAUUACCUCGAUCAAGCUUUUCUUACGCACAGCGGGCUGACGGACGAUAUCAGCCUUGUCGUCUUUCUCCAAGCGCAAGGAGCUAAUUUUCUGCAGGAGGGACUCCGGGCUCUGUAUGGCUGUAAAUAAAAGUGUCUUGAUUGUUAUCGAUGGUUGUGGGAAGUGAAAGAUGAGUUCAAACACAAAAAGGGCCUGCGGUAGCUUGUCAGGGCUCUGACUUAUUACCCUACCUGAAUCUGACUGCUUGUCUGCAGUCAGUCUCUGCUGCUGGAAGCUGAGGCGGCGGCACAAGUCCUCUGGGCAAUUUUUGGGGCAAAAGCUAACAACAUUAUACUGCUGAGACAACUU